AUGGACCACAGCCACAUGGAUCAUGGUGGUAUGGACCAUGGUGGUAUGGGUCACGGUGACAUGGAUAUGGGCGGCCAGUGCUCCAUGAAUAUGAUAUUUACGUGGGAUUCCAACAACCUGUGUAUCAUCUUCAAACAGUGGCGCAUCACCAGCACUAUGUCCCUGCUCAUGUCCCUCCUUGCGAUUGUGGUCCUAACUGCCGGUUACGAAUGCUUGAGAUCAGCUAGCAGGAGAUAUGAACAAUCGUAUGAUGCUCGUAUGUCUGCUUUCAGCAGCUCUGGAACCAGUAAGUACUCGAAUCUGGCCAGCUCACCCAUCACUGAGAUUGUGAAGGCGAGGCAAAUCGAGAAGCUGCAGCGGGCUCAUGGUUGA